UCGAUAGAUACACCGAACGAUCGCUUCGCCAGCCCGCCAAAGUCAUAUUUUUGUUUAACCCGCUUGACAAGGGAAAAGAAAGAAAAAUGUCGGGUCUUCUUUCGGAUCUCCGCUUGGUAGCCCGCUUGGCCGGUCCUUCUAGAAGGAAACAAGGCACGGUUCCGUGGGCCCGAUCCGUUUCGGUACCCGGUCCCUGGCCGCCGGCGAACCGGGCCGGGCCUCUGGCUCCGCGGCUGAGGGCGUUGGUCGCGGGCGAGAAGCCAGCGAUCUGCACGGCCGACGAGCUCCAUUACGUCCCGGUGUCCGGCUCCGAGUGGAAGCUCGCUCUCUGGCGCUACCUCCCUUCUCCGAAUGCGACUCGGAGGAAUCACCCGCUUUUGCUGCUAAGUGGAGUUGGAACCAAUGCGAUCGGAUACGAUCUCUCUCCCGAGGCCUCGUUUGCACGACAUAUGAGUAGCCAAGGAUUUGACACAUGGAUACUAGAAGUUCGAGGUGCUGGGCUGAGUGCAAGGCAAUUGGACUAUGAAGAGGCUAAGCGAUCCCUUAAUGCGGUGUCUGAUUGGACAGAAUCAGUGUUGUUAGCGGGGCAAAGCUCCAACAUCAUUAGCCAACUGAGGGAUUUCAGUAAAAAACUAGUGGAUAUCAUCGAAAGAGGUCAAAACGUGGUGCCAUCGCCGUUGGUUGGCCUACAAGAGCGCCUUUCCAGCACAUUGGAAGAUUUCCAAAAGCAACUGGAUGUUAUUGAGAAUUACGAUUGGGACUUCGACCACUAUCUAGAGGAGGAUGUGCCCACUGCGAUGGACUACUUAAGGACUUACUCCAAAUCAAAAGAUAGCAAGUUGCUUGCAAUUGGUCACUCCAUGGGAGGUAUCUUGCUGUAUGCCAUGCUCUCAAGAUACGGUAAUGCGGGCAAAGAUCCUGGGUUGGUGUCAGUUGCUACUCUGGGGUCAUCUCUUGACUACACAUCCUCUAGAUCAUCAUUGAAAUGGCUCUUACCUCUGGUGGAACCUGCGCAGGCUCUGAAUGUCCCUGUUGUUCCUCUUGGCGGAUUGAUUGCUGCAGCUCAUCCAUUGGCAUCACGUCCUCCUUUCUCAUGGUUGAAUCUGCAAAUUUCUGCUCAGGCCAUGAUGCACCCAGAGUUGAUGGAGAAGCUUGUUAUGAACAAUUUCGGCACAGUUCCUGCUAGGCUUCUCUUACAGCUGACGACAGCAUUUCAAGACGGUGGAUUAUGUGACCGGAGGGGGACUUUCUUUUACAAAGAUCAUAUAGAUAAAUGCAAUGUCCCAGUCUUAGCCCUCGCUGGAGAUCUAGAUCUCAUAUGUCCACCCGAUGCCGUAUAUGAAACGGCAAAGCUUAUACCGAAGCAUCUGCUGACUUACAAAGUGUUUGGUGAGCCGGGCGGUCCACAUUAUGCUCACUAUGAUCUGGUGGGUGGUGGAAUGGCACCUGCUCAAGUCUAUCCGUGCAUAAUCCAGUUCCUCAAUCGCCACGGCAGGAUUUGAUAAUUUCCUCUGAUUUUAUUCUUUUGUCCUCAAAUCCCAAAAUCUAAAGUAGAAUCCACAAUGGAGGUGCACUCGAUCUGGUUCUUGUAUAUCGCAUCAGUGACUGUACAGUGUCGACCUGUAAAAUUUUCUUGUACUACUGAAAGUUGUAGAAAGCACGUGAACAAUGCGUGCGAAGAAACAUCCUUUGUACAUGUGGAAGGACAUAGAAGUGGUGUUGAUGCCCAAGACAUGAACCCAUUGAACUAAUGGACAUACCAGACAUUGUCAAUGGGGUUGACUUAGUCGUUUAAGAUUCCAAAAACACAGCUGGAUAACUCUUCAAAACUUCGAUAUGGCCAUGGUGCAAUAUUCAUUUAUUUCUCAUCGA